AAAGCCCUAGGCCCGCGCCGGAAGCUGGCGGCAACGUCGCUAUAAAAUCUCCACUUCAAACCCUCUCCCCUCCCUCCGCCUCUUUCCAAGCCCUUCUCUCUCUCUCUCUCUCUCUCUCGGAAACUCUACAUUCUCUCUCCUCCGCAUCGAUGGAGUUCUGGGGCGUUGAAGUCAAAGCUGGAGAGCCAGUUAAGGUUAUGCCUGAGGCUGGCCAAAUCAUACAUGUCUCCCAGGCAGCAAUGGGUGAGGGUAAGAAGGGAAAAGGAAAUGACCAUAUCCCUCUCCAUGUGAAGAUUGAUGGCAAGAAGCUAGUUGUGGGAUCACUUUCUGUGGAGAACUUCCCUCAAAUUACAUUUGAUUUGGUGUUUGAGAAAGAAUUUGAACUGUCGCAUGACUGGAAAAAUGGAAGCGUAUACUUUUGUGGAUAUUUGAACAAUUUCUCGGCUGGUGAAGAUUAUGAUUCUUUAGAGUCAGAUGAGGAAGAAGAUGCCCCCAUAGGCAUCAUGGGGAAUGGGGAAAUUAAACCUGAAGUCAAGGAAGCAAAGCCAGCUGCAAGUAAGGGUAAAGCUGGCAAACCUGAAUCUUCAGCCAAGGCAAAGGUGGUUGUGGAGCCCAAGAAAGAGGAUGAAUCAGAUGAAGAUGAUGAUGAUGAAUCAGAGGAUGAGGACAUGCUAAAUGCUUCGCAUGACAUUGGUGACUCAGAUUCAGAGGAUGAAGAUGAGGAGACUCCUCAUAAGGCUGUUUCUGGCCAGAAGAGACCCAUCAAAUCUGCGACAAAAACCCCUGUUGCUGCUAAAAAAGCAAAAUCAGAUACACCUCAGAAGACAGAUGGUAAGAAGGGUGGUGGUCACACAGCAACUCCCCACCCAUCAAAGAAUCAGGGGAAAACUGCAGCAAAUAGCAACAAGUCCAAGGAGAAGACCCCAAAGUCUGAUGGCAAAAUUUCUUGCAAAUCCUGUACCAAGACAUUCACUUCGGGGACUGGUCUGGAGUCUCAUACAAAGGCCAAACAUAGUGGGAAAUAGUGGUGGAAUCCAAAAACAGCGGUGAAGUGUGCAUUCUUUUUCAUUUGAAUGAUAUGAGUUGAAGAUAGGUGGAAUGUGUUUUGUUAUAGUAGGGUUUUCCCCACUUGAUAAAAGAUGAGACCUGUAUUAGCCCAACUAUUUCUUGUCUUCAAGUUUUGGUAGUUUCAGAGGUUAUGUUGAAUGUUUCCAUGGAUUAGUUUCCCCGGGUUCUGCUUGAUAAUUUAAAGCUUCACUUAAGUUCUGUUUAA